ACAGCGCUUCUCACACGGAGCAGGAAGCAGACCUCCACCCUAACACACAGCAUGUUGUGUCCCAGCGCCUUCCAGCCCGGCCCGGCCGCCAUCAGGCCCCUGGAGCUGCACUGGCCCAUCCGCAGCCUGUGGCCCGAGACCCGGCCGCUCUUCUGCCGCAUGGAGCAGGAGAUGAUCCGCCACAUGCAGGAGAUGCGGCAGAGCAUGGAGUUCAUGGAGCGGCUGCACCACAAGAUCUUCGAGGAGAUCGACCAGAGCUGCUGCUCCGCGGGGGCCUUCCAGCCCAUCGCCUUCCAGGAGCUGCGGGGCGCCGGGGACGCCUUCGCGCUGAGCCUGGACACCGCGGAGUUCGCCCCGGGAGAGCUGUCCGUCAAGCAGGUGGGCAGGAAGCUGCGGGUGAGCGGCCGGACGGAGAAGAAGGAGGAGGACGGGAAGGGCUCCUUCUCCUACAGGUGCCAGGAGUUCCGGCAGGAGUUCGACCUGCCGGACGGCGUCGACCCGGAGGCCGUCAGCUGCUCCCUGCUGGGCGGCCGGCUGCAGAUCCAGGCGCCCCGGGAGAAAGCGCCGGGCGACGGCCAGGAGCGGAUCGUCCCCAUCCGCCUCAGCUCGGCUCCGGCCAUCACCUCCUCCUCUUCCUCCUCCUCUUCCUCACCCCCCCAGCAGGACGCGGGCAGCAGCGGCGCCUCAGAGAGCAGCACGGCGGAGAACAACUGAGCCGAGUGGCGCAUCUCGCCCAAUAACCUAUCUACGCCGGGAGUCUGGAAGCGGUUUUCAUCAAACUUUGAUUUUCAGCCGUUUGAAAGUUGGAAAAUACCCAGAAUACGAGAUUAAAGAAAAAUAUGAUAAAGUAAAAUUCCACUGGGUAACUAGACUGUAUUCUAAUCUUAGUUAUAAAUAUUUUCCUAUACUUUUGGAUGUUUUUGUCCAGUCUGGAAACAAAUAAGUAAAGUUUUUGUUAACGUAGCCGGUCUAUGAGCUGAUUUAACCCUUUGUUCUUCUGACCUGGGAUCAGUUUUCUAAUUCUGUUUUCAAAACAUUUUAAACAAUCGUGUACAGAAUUUAUUAUAAUAAAACUAAUAUUGUUUCAGUU